AUGGCAUCGUGUGGAUAUUCCACGUUUGUUGGAGGGCCCUGUGGAGCUAGCCCUUCAAAUCCUGCAGAUGCAACGUGUGUAGCACUAGACAAAUGCACAAAAGACGUCAAGUCUCACUUAAACCAAUAUGACUGCUUUGAUUCGUCCUUGAAAACGGAAGCAGAUCUUCUUCUCGCAAGAGCAGGUAACUGAUUUGCACUGUAAAUAAAUAAAGCCUUUCCGAUGAGUUGAUCAAGUUGAUGCACUUUUACCGCUUGUUAUUAUAUGUCAUUCGUUUUAUUUUAUUUUAUUCAUUAAUAUUAAUUUGUUUAUGUGUGGCACCGCAACUCGAAAGACCUCUCAAAGGCAGCAACGUAGUUCCGGAAUUUGACUUACUAACUGUUGAUACUAACAGCAAACACAUUUUGCGAUUACCACAGGAUUGCUACAUGAAUUCACUGCGGCUUCUUUGUACAUUUUGUUUCAGGGAUUUUCGAAGUCGAUGAUAAUCAUAUUAAAAUGUCGAUUUGUCCACGACAUCGAGACGCCUUUGGUAUACGAUGGCGUAGCGGCAAAAGAACAUGUUCCGCUCCAAAAGACUGGGCGGCGCAUAAGAGUAAACAAGUCAAGGGAGAUCGGGGUAUCACCCUACCACAAUGUAAAAGGAUCUUUAGGCUCACUUCAGUGCUUGUUCCAGUUGCGUCUCGUAAGUAAUAAAGAUAAUGCUAAGAAUUGCACAAUCCUCUAGUCCCUGUGAGCUGCGUAUGCAGCCGAAAGAAACCCGGCUAGAUGUUAAGUCUGGUCUGUGGCGUAGGCUGGGGACUGGUACUUAAAAUUUAGAAACAAUUAGCUGCCAUGAACAAAAAGCUUUAUGACCAAAUCCUAACUCGAUGGGGGUCAAAUGCAUGUCUAAAUCAGUGAUUAAAACCACAUUCGCUGUGUUACAGACACCAACCAAAUUUGCAGUGAUUAUGGAGAUUCCACUGCGUUAUUUCACGAAGGCGGAAAUGGAUAUUCCGCAGAUUUUAUCGCUGAAUAAAGAAGAUGGGAAAUGUACUCACGAGUUGUUAUUUUUCUGUUUUAAUUUUAGCCAUUUGUAAAAAAUGUCGGCUGGUGCUUGCAUCAGGGGCACCUUCAUCCCCGUGUGAAACAAAAGAAGAUGUCCCCCCUCCAAUCGCAAAAGAGAAACGAGACGUCUGCACAUCAUUUGCUUCAUCACCGUCCAUUUCAAAAGAGGAUGUUUCUUUCAAAGUCCAACAAGCAAAGGCAAAAGUCCUGUCAGUUGUUGACACUGACGAAACUGACUCGGUAAUAUAUUAUAAUCAUCAGAAUCAGAGACAGGAUUUGGAAUUGAAACAGUUUUCAAAUGGCUCCUUCUUGGGGCCUCAACGAAAAAAACCACAUGCACACAAAGAAACAGAUGGAGGAAGGAGGAUUGUUUUAAAUUAGAUCUGCAAUUUGUUUUGCAGUUCAAAACAUGUAGAAUUAAAUCGAUGACUAAAUUUUUUUUUUAAAAUAAAAGCUACAGUUUUCAUCAUCUUCAUCAUUAUCAUCGGCCCAAUCAUCGUCAUUGUCAUUAUUUUGUAUUACUGUGAUAGUCGCUUAUAGCUUCUUAACUCCUUAUAUCAUUUUAUUAUUCUCUUUCUUAAUUUGGCUUUCUCUUUUCUUCUUUUCUCUUUUAUAUUUCAGGACAAUGAAAGUACCUCUGGUUUAAGUCAAGCCAUGAAAAACCUCGAACUUGUUUCGUUUGACAGUAGCCCUUACGCUACAGAAAGUACCGGCAGCAGCAGCGGUAGUGCGAAUGAUUCAUCAAUCGAAAACCAAACGCUUCGUCGCUUAAAGCUGAAUGAAUUUUUAAGUGUAUGUGGCAGGGAAACUGUGAAUCAACCGAAAAAAAGUUGGGAGCAACUAAGCACGCGAACUAAAAAUGUUCGCGUAUCUAAAGCAAAAGAUGCUGUCGUUGCGUCGUUAGAGGUCAUUUCUCCUGGAAACCCGGCAGCCCUAUGGGAAGCAAUGAAAAGCUCACAGUCUGUAGAAAAAGCCUUGGGCACAGAAAAUCAAUCUCCGUUGGAUAAGAAGUACCUGGAAGCGUUAGCAGAGACCUAUCAGAAUGCAAGUAGUUGGGACACCCGCCGACAGGUGUUGUCAAUAAUGGCUGAUUUGACACCGUACUCUAUUUUGCAGCAAUUUAUUCCUGGCAUCACCGACUACAGAAUCAAAGUAGCUCGCCAACAUUCCAUCGAGCAUGGACGCGGUGUUCCCUUGCCUGCCGCCAAGAGCCCUAGACUCAGGGUAAACGAAAUCCAGCUCGAUCAUUUUUUAAGCUUCAUUACCAGUCCCCACGUGGUCCAAGAUCUACCGUUUGGCCAACGCUACCUGUACCUAUCAAACGGCAAGGUACUCGAAACACCUAAUGUGAUAAGGUCCAUGAUACCACAGCGCAUAAUUGAUCAGUAUAACCAGUUCUGCUUGGAGACGAAUUUUUCUCCGUUCAGCCCGUCCACAAUGUUACGAAUAUUGUCAUCGUGUACCGCUACAGUAAGAAAGUCACUUCAAGGACUAGACUACUUUGCCGCUGAAGGAGCAAAAGCCUUUAACGAUUUGCUAAAAUUAGUUGCAAGGACUGGAGACAGACAGUGGGUCGUUAGAUGCGAGCAAGCUCUGAAAGAGGGAAAACAGUAUUUGAAAACGGACUACAAGGUAGAUAUUUUAGAAUCAUUUAUAAUAUAAACACUGAAAGAGUAAUCACAUAAAAGAAAUAAAUAUGCAAAGGCGAUCAGUUGAACCCUUAAAAAUUAUUGUAGCUAUGCCUACCUUUUAUGCUUAGUUACCCCUUUUAUACUAUGAAAUAAAUUUAAUUGUAUGACCGCAGUAAAAGAUGUGUGAUAAAUCGUGUCUAGUUUUUUGGCCAAUCAUAGGUUGAUGAUUUCUUUUUUAAGAUGUUGAAUUCAAAAUUUACCCAGAAAUUUCAAAAACACAAUGAAGAAAUUCUUCGUUGUAGAUAUAGCUUAUUAUUUUUGUUCUGACUACUUUCUCGCAGGUUCAUAUCACCAGAGCAUCCAGUAUCCCCGACCACUGUAGUGCGUACGCCCUAACUGAUACAAAAGAAGAGUGUCUUCGAGAAAUGUGUGACCACGCCCACGACAAGAGUUGUCCCUUUUGUGAUCGGCUGAAAGACACUUUAAAAGAAAUUGAGUUGAAUUUGAUCGAAGCGAACCUGGAUGAAGAAGACCGGGAUGACGUCAUGUACUCGUUUCAGCAAGCUUAUACAGCGAUAGAAGCUUGGAAGGCUCAUCAACUGAGAUCUAUUCAACAGGAUAAGGCCCGCUUAAACAUCAUAGAUACCCUGGCAGAAAGUUCAGUGUUAAUCACUCAAGACUGGGCGAUGAAAUUCUUGCCCCGAAAGUACCGGGAAACCCAAGCCGACUGGUUUGCUAAGAGAGGAAUCUCUUGGCAUAUCAGUACCGUCGUACGUCGAAAGGGAAACCUGCAACACCAAGCAUUUGUCCACAUUGUGAAGAAUUGUAAUCAAGACAGUGACGCGGUGGUAAGCGUUUUACGCCACACCUUGCAGCAGCUCAAAAUGGACCAUCCUGAAACAACAACUGCCUUUCUCCGCCAGGACAACGCUGGAUGUUAUCACAGUGUAACCAUGUUAGCUGCCUGUGGACUUAUGGAGAAAGCAACGGGAAUUAAAGUAGAAAGAGUUGAUUUUAGCGACCCGCAAGGCGGUAAGGGGCCCUGUGACAGAAAGGCGGCCACAAUUAAAGCUCACGUUUUAAGGUAUCUCAACGAAGGUCACGAUGUGGUCACUGCAGAAGACUUCCGAGAUGCAAUGCUCUCUCAUGGUGGUGUUAGAGGUGUUCGGGUGGCUUUGAUCGACAUGUCCAUCGUGCGUCCAACGUCUCUGCGUGGGAAAUUAGAGGGAGUUAGCACCCUUAACAACUUCCAUCUGGGAGACCGAGAGCUCACAGCGUGGAAAGCAUUUGACGUGGGUAAAGGAAAGAAAAUAUCAUGGACACAACUGGAAGGUCAGACAUCUUAGAAGCUAUAGAUAACUAACUCAUAAUUUGGGCACUAGUUUUGUUAUAACGUAGCGUAGCUGAAUAGACAUCAAUGCGAACUACAAGAGAUAGCUGCAACGCUGUUAAUUUUAAAGUAGGUUGAGAACUGUUGUAAUUUCAGCAUGACCAUUCACUAGGCUUAAAAAGAUAAGUACACAAUACUUUUGAAGUAACGUUUGUUUUAGUGAGAUUGAGCAUCCAUAAUCCGCUUCUGAAGUGUUUUGAUAAAAAAAUUCUGAAGGCCUUUUCUUUUUAAUAUUUUUUUCUUUCGUCAUUUAGUUGAAAUAGGCCCGCUAGAGGAACCAGUUUUCACACAUUGUUCAUUUUCCCAAGGAGACUUUCAAGAUGUAUCUUCAUGUGACAACGCCCAGGCCUCUAAUAAUAGAAAGGAAGAGUCGCCGACAAAAGAGGAAAGUGUUGUUUCCGCUGACCACGAAAGCCCGCUCUUUUAUUGUCCAGUGGAGGGAUGCGUAAGCACCUUUCAGCGCCACUAUAAUCUUGAGCGCCACUUGCAUUAUGAAAAAAUGCCAGUUUCUCGAGGAGAAACACAGCCUCUUAGACAAGGCGAAGAUGAUGUACUUCGAAAAACUCGAAGAAGGUGCCAGUGCACAGCCUUUUGUAGCGGGCUCAGUUGUGGUAGAAAAGAGGGCGGGGCAUCUGCUAUCACCGGGUUGGGCCCUACGUUCAACUAA